AUGAAGGUCGAAGCCAAGUCUGUCGCUCUUACGAGGAAAGAAUUCGGUUUGAAAACGGAGGGUUUCAAGAUUUCGAAGCCGACGAACAAGCUUGAAAGCAACGCAGAGAUGCAGGCAUGCUUUAAGAAAUUAAAGGAAUUAGUACCAACGGUUCCUCAGCACACGAGGUUGAACCAGGUGGACCUUUUACAACACGUAAUAGACUAUAUUUUGGACUUAGAAAUCACAUUAGACACUCAUCCAGCAUCCAGCAGCUUACCUCAUCUUGUCAAUGCCAUGAGCCAAGCGACGCGGACGCCAUUAGGAGAAAAUACAGUGAAUACGUCACAUAAUCAGGCUAAGAAUGCGACGGCGACACGGCGGCGCCAGCUCGUUGUUGGUGACAUUCCAAGGGUCCGUCCUCUAGCCCAGGUGGCCGGAUGGAUGCCAAGCUAG